AUGACAGGUGAUGGAGCCGUACCAGUGAAUGUUGGCGGCAGCAACACACUCAUCUGGGCCUUCUCAGAGGGCGGCUCCCAGACCCUGGGGUUCCAUGGAGAGAACGACGGAGUGACCACAGCUGACUUCUCCUGUGAUGGCUCCUCCUCCUCCGCUCCCCCCUCCACCUCCCCUCCCUCCUCCCCUGCACCCCCCUCCACCUCCCCACCCUCCUCCCCUGCACCCCCCUCCACCUCCCCUCCCUCCACCUCCCCCCCAUCUUCUUCCUCCUGUGCCGCCUCCUCCCUUGCCGGAUACACCUACUCUGCCCCCUUGGACUCCUCGCUAUCCCUCCACUGGUACACAGUCAGCGCCACCAAAGUCAAUCUGGCCCUGGAGGCAGCAGCGGGCAGCAUGGCAGCAGCAGGGUGGUUCUCCCUCGCAUGGUCUGCAGACGGCCGUAUGGCCCCUGCUGAUGCUGUCAUUGGGAACCUGCCUGGGGGGGAUGUGGCGGCUUACUAUAUGGGCGGCUAUGGGCUGGGCGAUGUGCAGCCUACAAGCGGAUUCAGUAUUGGGAGUGGUGCGGCGCUGAGUACCAGUGCUAGUGGCUCUAAAGUCAUGAAGGCCAUGGUCAUGGUGGUGGGGAUGGAGGGGCUGGUUGGAGGGGGUGUGGUGGGGAUUAUGCAGUUGGUGGGUGGGGUGGCAGUGACUGGGGUGGUUGGUGGAAUUGGCCGGGCUGGUGGUAGUGUGCUGACAUGUACCGAUUUGCCUGCCGUCAUGCCAAUUGCUUCCCCUCCAUCCUUCUCACCACCCGUCAUGACCCUCACGGCCCAUCAGGCCUCUCUUCCGUUAGGAACGAGCGUGGCAGUGGCAGCAGUGGUGGGGGGUGCAGCAGCAGCGUCCGCAUGCCUCUGGUUCUACUCCUCGCGAUAUGUGGGGGAGAUGGCUCUCAUCAAGGCACCUGCUGCUGCUGCUGCUGCUGCUGCUGCUGGGAAUGGGGAUGGAAAUGGGCAGCAGUGGAGGGUGUGUCUCAGCACGCUUGACUUCUGGGGCAACAGAGACGUGAGUGGGCAGUGGUGGUGGGGAGGGGUGCAGCAGCAGCGUCUGCAUGGAGGUGACUUUUUGACUCCUUACUGCCCUCCCAUGCUUGACUUGCUGUCCCAUGCUUGCAUCGCCCUCCCAUGCUUGCAUCGCCCUCCCAUGCUUGCAUCGCCCUCCCAUGCUUGCAUCUGUUUUUCCACUCUGUCCCUUGCUCACCAUCUCUCCUCCCCUCCACACGCUCCCCGGUCCCCCCUCGCCACUUGCCCAAACUAUGGCUGUCAACCUUUACCAUCCAAUCGUGGCCGUCCAAUCCGUCCACUCCGUCUCAUCAUGGCCGUCCAUCAGAACCUCAUUCUGCCUCUCAGUGCCCUGGUGCCGCCACUCAAGGGUCUAUCCCAGCAGCACCUUAAAGCCAUUGCACACCACAGCUUUGUGCCUCUUGAUGUGCCCUCUCAUCGGCAGUUCCUGCUGAGCAUACGGCACAGACAGCCACAUCCCCAACCUCAAAAGUCCACUCUUCCUGCCCCCAACCCCCAUCUCCCCCUCUUGCCUGCAUCCCAGUGCCCUCUCAUCGGCAUGCCCUGCCAUCGACAGUUCCUGCUGAGCAUAAGGCACGGCCGCAUCCCCAACCUCCCGCUGCUGCUGGCACUGCUCAAAGAAGAAGACUGGGAAAGGGAACUGCACCACUAG